AUGGGUAACGUACAAGCUUCAUCCAAUUUACCACAGAUGCCGCCUAAGUUGACACCAAUUAAACCCAGGACACCGCAAAAGCUGAAUUCCGAAAAUCGCAUUAAAAACCCCGGAUCGGUUGAUGAAUUGCAUAAGAAAUGUAAAGAAUUGUUUCCUAUGACCUUUGAUGGCAUCCAAUUUGUCAUAAAGAGAGGACUGAGCAAUCAUUUUUUCGAUAGCCACAGUCUACUCAUAGGAGCAACCAGUAACAUAUCAGUCAAUUUCGGAUCUAUAUUUGGAGGUACCAAGCAGGUUGGGUCUGGAAAUUUCAAUCCUCUUUUGAUAGAUGACUUUGAUCACCGUGGAAAUAUUUUAACAAAUGUUAUUGUACAACCCUGGAAUAAUUUAAAAAUAAAACUUAACACUCGGGUUCAAGAUUUCAAAGGAUAUGGAGUUCAGACAACUGCUGAAUAUAAGACAGACAGGUAUACGGCUACCCUGAGCAUAAUCAAUCCUGGUUUAUUCAAUUAUACGGGAAUUUAUAUAUCUCAGUAUUUAUAUGCUUUGAAUAACAAAGCAUCAGUAGGUGCUGAAGUCAUUCACCAAAGAAGUCCACAAAUUCCAAAUGGGCAUAUAACAUUAGUUAAAGUCUUGGGAAGAUACAAAUAUGAUGAUGCUACCACAAUCAGUACUACAUUUAACUUAAUGGGGUUGCAAUUCUGCUAUCAUUUUAAAGCUAGUGAGCAGUUUCAGUUUGGUGUAGAUCUUGAUGGUGAUGGUUAUCAACGGGAAAUGAAUGUAACUUUUGUAUAUCAAGCACAAAUUCUUAAACCAUAUAUCAAAAUUAAAGGUAGUAUAGAUGGAAAGUGGAAUGUAAUCACGUCACUGGAAAAACGUUUACACCCAAUGCCGUUUACAUUUACAUUAAGUACUAUGUUUUCUCCUGCCAAACAUCAAUUAAGAAUGGGAGUUGGACUUUUAGUCCGUUAA